UUUUAGGGUUUGUGCAGUCCGCGAAAGAUACAAUCAUAUUAAAUUGUGCAAUGCGACUUUAGUUCCAUAGUCCAUUUCUUAACCUGAAGCCACGGUGACCACAGCUCUGACAUCGACAUGGCAGCUUUGACUCUUGUCUCGGGCUCAGUUGGAUUGAUUACUCUCCAAAAUCCUCCUGUCAACGCACUCAGUGCUGCUGUCAGACAGGGCAUUGUAGACACUGUGCAGAAAGCUCUGAGCAACCCUCAAGUGAAGGCUGUGGUCAUCUGUGGGCAGAAUGGAGUCUUUUGUGCAGGAGCAGAUAUCAAGGAGUUUAGCAAGCCUAUGUCAGGGCCUCACGUAGUGCCAAUGAUUGACGCCAUAGAGGUCGCGAACAAACCCGUGGUGGCCGCCAUCGAGGGCAGCGCUCUGGGCGGGGGUCUGGAGCUGGCACUGGGCUGUCAUUACCGAAUCUCACAGUCCAAAGCUCAGUUAGGUCUUCCAGAGGUGCUGCUGGGCCUGUUGCCAGCUGCGGGGGGGACGCAGCGGUUGCCAAGGCUGAUCGGGGUCCCAGCUGCCCUAGACCUCAUCACCACAGGUCGUUAUGUGACUGCAGCGGAGGCCUUAAAGCUCGGGAUGGUGGACCAGGUCACUGACAAAAACACCGUGGAAGCUGCUAUCAAGUUUGCUCUGAGUGUUGUGGGACAGUCACUGGAAUCCCGCCGGAUAAGUACCCUGCCGUGCCCCUGCCCUGCUGAUAUGGAUGCCCUUUUUGAAAGGGUGAUGCAGAGGGUCAAACAGAGCGCCCGUGGGGCCAUGGCUCCAGUGGCAUGUGUCCAGGCUGUGCAGGCAGCAGCCACACUACCCUACGCUCAGGGCAUCCAGAGGGAGAGAGAGCUCAUGGACACCCUGUUCACGUCAGGACAGGCCCGCGCUCUGCAGUACUGCUUCUUCUCCCAGAGAGUGGUGAGCAGGUGGAGCAUGCCCAAUGGAGCUCGCUGGGACAACAGCAAGCCUAAACAUGUGUCAAAGGUCGCCGUCAUAGGUCUGGGCACUAUGGGCAGAGGUAUCACUGUGGCCCUGGCUUUGGCCGGACUGUCUGUGGUUGCCGUGGAGACACAGCAGCAGCAGAUGAUGGCAGGGCAGAGCGCGGUGUCGGGCAUGUUGGCCAGGGCAGCUCAGAAGAGAGGAGUGCCCUCAGUGAAGCAUCAGGUCCACUACAGUGUGGAGCUGGAGGCGGUGGCAGACGUGGAGCUGGUGAUAGAGGCUGUGUUUGAAGACCUGGGCCUGAAAAAGCAGAUCUUUAAGCGGCUCUCCUCUGUGUGUAAAACAGACACACUUCUCUGCAGUAACACCUCGGCUCUGGACAUAGAUGAGUUGGCCUCUCAGACCCACAGGCCUGAGCUGGUGGUGGGCAUGCACUUCUUUGCCCCAGCCCACCUCAUGAAGCUGCUGGAGGUGGUGUACGGACCGCGCUCUGCUCCUCAGGCUGUGGCCACUGUUAUGAAGUUGGGCAAGAGGAUUGGCAAAGUCAGUGUGGCAGUGGGCAACUGCAGAGGCUUUGUGAGCAAUCGAAUGCUGAAGCUUUAUGCUGAGCAGGCCGUGUUUCUUGUGGAGGAAGGGGCCAGUCCUGAGAUGGUGGAUCAUACCCUGGAGAAGUUUGGUUUCCCCAUGGGGCUGUUCAGGAUGUCCGACCUGUCAGGGCUGGACGUGGGCUGGAAGGUGCGUAAGGCCGAGGGUCUGGUGGAGCCCGGACAGAUGAGCAGGGUGCGUCAAGGGCGCAGGUACUGCCCUCUGGGGGACCUGCUGUGUGAGCAGGGUCGCUUUGGGCAGAAGACGGGCCGGGGCUGGUACCUAUAUGAACCAGCUGGCAGCAGAGAGGCCCGGCCUGACCCCUGGCUGCAGAGUUUCCUAGAGGAGUACAGGGCUCGUCAGGGACUGGUUCCCCGCCGCAUCGACUCCCAGGAGGUGCUGGAGCGUUGCCUGUACAGUCUCAUCAAUGAGGGCUUCAACAUCCUCCAGGAGGGCAUUGCAGCAGGACCAGAGGACAUAGACAUGAUCUAUGUGUUUGGCUUCAGUUUCCCCCGGCACCGUGGGGGGCCCAUGUUCUAUGCCAGUCAGGUGGGACUGUCCCGAGUCCUACAGAGACUGGAGCACUACCAGCAGCAGCACCCAGAUGUACCCUAUCUCCAGCCCAGCAGUCUGCUGAGGAGGCUGGUGUCCAGCGGCAGCCCACCCAUUCAGAAAUGGAAAGAGGUGAUGAGGACCCCACACAGCGCACUGUAACACAGAGUGCCUUUGGCUGAAUCUGAUAUGUGGGCAGUCAUCAAACCUUAACAGGCAUCAUAAGAGGGCUACUGUUUAUCACUUUAAUAACCAAGCUUUAUAAUGAUUCUAUUACUUCAUUCUGUGAAUCAACACAUAAUAAUGCAGUUUUCAUUAUGCUAUGAAUGUGAAAUUAAUGAAAUUGCCUAAGUGCCUUGAUAUUUUGAUCUCCUUUGUUUUAUUAAAAUGUUAAUACAUAAAUGAAUGUGUAUGAAUAGAAUUAAUAUUUUUUUGUAAAAAAAAAAAAAAAAAAAACUUCAAAU